AUGAAUGUACUGCCAAACCAUCUUGUCAAGUCACUGAAGGAAGAUUUCAAGAAAUUGGUAAGUUCAUUGUCAUGAUGAUGUGCACACACACAUAUAUAUAUAUAUAUAUAUAUAUAUAUAUAUAUAUAUAUAUAUAUAGUGGAUAGAGGCAGAAUUAUAGAUAGACAGACAGAGAGGCAGACAGACAGACAUAAGUCACACACACACACACACACACAAUAAAUAGUAUUAAUAUCUGUUUAGGAUUACAGCAAGUGGGAGAGAUGCAACAGGAGCAAGACAGAGCCCCCUCCCUGGGUGAUUUUGCCCCCACUGCCCAACAAGACUACUGGCUCACCAAGCGAGCGUUAUCACGCCACAGGGAGAGAGGACAGUGGGCCCUCCCCCGCCUCCCAUAACAUUUUUCCAACAACUGACAAGCCAGGUGAGCUAUCAACUCAUCUUUGAAUGUAAAAUAUAUUAAACUGGGGAGACUAGGUUGACACAUGCUAGAAGGAAAAGAUUCACUGAAUGAAAAUCCAGCUUCAUAUGAUGCAGAAGGCAUAAGUUGUCAAAGGGAAAUGAACUAAAAUGGUUGACUUCUUGUUUUGCCUUUGACAGGGAAGUCUCGCCUCAACACUGGCCAUGAAGAGUCCACUGCAUCAUCUAUGGGUCGACUCUCUCGACGGAGGAGGAACGAAAGAGUGAAACUGGACCCCAUCACUUUGAAGAAACAAGAAAAUAUCAAAACACUGAAUGUAUAUAUAGCCUAUUUCACAAGACAUUAAAAAGUGAUCUGUAAAAUCCUCAGCUAUUGAAUAGUAGAGACGUUCCUGUCAUCAUGUUGAGUCGAUAGCCACAGUCAACCACUAGAGGGAGUAACAGGCCAUAAGAGAUAGUCCAUAGCAUUAAUAGAUUUAGACCAGUGGUGUCAAACUUAUUCCAUGGAGGGCAUAGUUUCUGCUAGUUUUUGUUAUUUCCUUUUAAUUUGUGUCCAAUUAAGACAACCAGUGACCUUAAUUGAUCAAUCAAGUACAAGGGAGGUGUGAAAACCCAUAAACACUUGUGAUUUAGAGACAAGUUAUAAAGUAAUAAUAAUAUGCCAUUUAGCAGACGCUUUUAUCCAAAGCAACUUACAGUCAUGUGCGCAUAUACAUUGUUACGUAUGGGUGGUACCGGGGAUUGAACCCACUACCCUGGCGUUACAAGCGUCAUGCUCUACCAAUUGAGCUACAGAGGACCGCAAGAUCUACCCUUAAAACACAAUACUGCGUAAAUAGGAAAGGUAUUUAAUUCUACAUGUAAAUAAACAAAUAACAACCACUUUCAGUUGCUGAUCAUGUCGAGGAAGAAGGCCCUAAUGGAGCUGGAGAAGCACUGUGCAUUGCUGCAGGAGAGCAAUGUCCGCAUGGCCGGGGAGAUAGACAGCACAGACAGACAGUCAGUGUCCAGUGCCAGGGAAUUCCUCAUCCGGCAUGAGAAAUUAGGGGUGAGUACAUAGAAUCUAUGUCAAUCUCUUCCUCUAUAUCUGCUCCAUUGAGGACAGGACACACUUGUGUCCUAGUACCUAGUACUCACUCAAAUAGAUUGGGCAAGCACCUCACUGUCUAUUCUACUGCACUCAUAUGUAACUGUAUUCUCUAGAUAUGAUAGAUAUAGAUAAGUAUACUGUAUAUAUGAUAGAAGUACAGAGUAUCAACACAUAGAUCACCAUCAGCUGUAACAGUCAGUUAGGCCAGCAUUUCCCAAACUUGGUCCUCGGGACCCCAAAGGGUGCACGUUUUGGUUUUUGUCCUAACACUACACAGCUGAUUCAAAUAAACAACUCAUCAUCAAGCUUUGAUUAUUUGAAUCAGCUGUGUAGUACUAGGGCAAAAACCAAAAUGUGCACCCUUUGGGGUCCCCGGGACUGAGUUUGGGAAAUGCUGAGAUAGGCUAUAGAUCACCAUCAGCUGUAACAGUCAGUUAGGCUAUAGACACCAUCAGCUGUAACAGUCAGUUAGGCUAUAGAUCACCAUCAGCUGUAACAGUCAGUUAGACUAUAGAUCACCAUCAGCUGUAACAGUGUGAGCUCAGAACCUGAUAUUCUCCUUGAGACGUUCAGACAUACUAAGACUCUUGUAAUGUAGUAAACCAAUACCACCAUUUGUACCAUAAUGUAGGAGCAUACUAUUGGUACCCUGAAUAAAAAAAGUCUACCCUAUUUCUUUGUAAGAGUUCGAUAGCUGCUUUCAACAGCUGGAGCCACAGUCAGAUUGAGCAGGCCAAGACAGAGCUCAAGGACGCUGAGGCUGCUGCAAAGAACAGACUUUGGGGUAAGUGGUGAUAUUAUAAAUAAUGUAAAAUGCAGAGGCAACAACAAGUUCCGUUUUUAUUCAUUGUGUUGCCUAUGGCAGAGUGAGAAUUAUAAAUCAUAAGCAAAUAUAGUAGUACAGUAAGUCAAGUGUGCUUGUAAAUUAUGAAUACUGUUUUGUUUUACAGUAAAUGUGCCUAUGAAUGUCGAUAUUAAAGUUUAUAGUUGUAUGUGUGACAGCACAAGGACAAUCUGGUUGACUGGUGUUUGGGAACUCAAAGGGAAGACGUGUGUUUGCAUGCAGGGCCGUUCCCUCAUUUAUGAUUGAAGUGUCUGAGUGUAAGCCCUUGAUGUGUUACCUUGUCAGGUCUCCAUGAGCAGCUGAGGGGGGUGAAGGCAGAGCUGGUGAACGCCCAGGCGGAGCUCCACACCCUGAAGACCUACAAGGACAAAGAGUACCCCGUCAAGGCCCUGCGCAUUGCCGAGAUAAAGAGAGAGAUCGAGAAACUCAAAGAGACACAGCAGGUCAACAUGUCUUUCAAUGGCAACUUCCUCCAAUAGAAUGCAAGAGGCUGUAGUCUCAUAUGCUGUGUCCCGUUCAUUCCUGUGGUUCCAGGACGAGAAUGAGGACGUGAACUUGCUGUGCCAGACAGAGAUGGUGUACCUGGAGAGACGAUCCCAACAAAAAGAGCAGGAAGUCCUCUCUGUCAUAGCUAAGGUAGGAUAGGAUUUACUUCAUUGUUCCUCAGGGGAAAUUGCCUUGGACACACAGCACUGCUGUAUACAAAAAUAAAAAAUAAACAUUUAACAUCACACAUUCGACACAAACAUAAUACAUAGGAUACAAAGGUCUAUCGUUUUUUUUAGGAUGAAUGAUUCUCACUUGCCGCUAAAAUGUUUUAUACAAACAUUCAGUAAGUAUAAUCUUAGGGCUAUUUCUGAGGCUUAUCUGUGUAAUGAGCUAAAGUCAAACUUUAUUGGCAGGAGUAGAUGUUGACACCAUUUGCAUGGCUUUAAUCCUUUCUCUCUGUUUUCAGCAAAAUGUUUCAUAUAUUCCCUGUGUGGUCAAACUGAUGGCCGCACAUAAUCAGACGAUAAAGAAAGAAAUUGGAAUCCACAAAAAGGUUUGGUUAAUAAUUACAAAAAUUGCUACCAAUUUGAUACUUCAGCAAGUCAUAAUGGACUCAGACUCACUCUAACUCCAUACAGGUCAUCAUCAACAUAUGAAACAUUUUUCUUUUUUAUCAUGGCUUUAUCUGAAAAUGACUGUAAUUGAAAAGUAAUUAUUUUCUUCCUUUUCUGUGUCACUCACUCAUGCUUUCAAUGUUUCAGGAAAUUGCGGAGCUGGAAGAUAAGAACAGAGAGCUGAUCCAGAGUGUCCAGGAACUGCAACUAUCACGGACCAACAUCACGAAAGACAUCUUCCAAGACGUUUUCCCCAAAUCAGAUAAGUAUGUCAAGGUGAUGGAAGGCACCUUACUGUACACUGCUGCUCUUAAUAGGUUGUGCCGUCCCCAAUCCAUGCCAUGGGGUUGAUCACUUUAGACAAUCUGGCUUUGGAAAAGGUUCUUGAGGGGGGCUUUAAAACCUCCAUCAAUAACCUUUCCUCAAGACACAUUGUCUAAAGUGCAUCUCUGAAAUGUCCAUCUCUAAAACUAAAACAAUUACUAAUGCUAAUUUCCUUGCCUUCUUUUAUUAAAGAAACUAUUACCAAAGAGUAGUACAUUGAGAACUCUAGGCAAAGAGUAUGACAAUUUUAUAAUACCAACCAUAUACUGUAGAUACCCACUGAACUGUUGGCUUGUUUAUCUAUCUGACAUCUUAUCAGUGUCACAAAACCAUCUAGACAGAACUAAUAGACAUGUGGCAGGAAUUUAACCUCUUCCUUGUUCCAUCAAAAUCGAUGUCUCGGAAAGAGUAAUGGGGUAUCACCAUCUAAUAUUAACCAGGGUUGGAAACAGACUUGUAGCGCCAUCUUAAAUGGAAAUGAAGAAGCACAGCAGAGCCCUGUGCUCACAGAAUCCCAGUCUGACAUUAAAGGUUAAUAAGGUGCUCAAAUUUCCCCCCAGCCUGUUCCAAAGCAAGAUGACACUCCACGCUGUAGACCAUGAAAAUCCCUCAUACAUACAACUCAUCAAAUAUUCAACCAUAAAAUGUUCCCCUCUGGGGAAUACAUUAAUUUCACGUGAAAUUUUAUACAAGGGAGAUUUAAUGUUGAAUUAGGGUUUUGCGAAAUUACAAUGUUUUGGGUAAACAUCCUGAAUCUCACUUCGCAAAGACACCUUUUUAGCAAUGACGUGUUUUAAGCCUCAGAGAGGGAACAAUAAAUAUGAAGUUGAACUGUAAGUGCAGAUGUUCUAUAUGGAAUUAGCUGUAUUGACUCUGACUGAUUCAAACUCAUAAUUCUCCGGGCUGGUAAAUAGCGAGUCCAUACAGAUACAACGGAUUUCUCUCACUCUAUUGUCUGAAGUCACUUUUGGGGAGAAAGUAUGUUUAUUUGAUAUGUAUGUUUUUUUUCCUUCCGUAAUAUGAUACAGGAAACGGCUGUCAGCUUGUUUAUUCUGUAUUUCACAAUUACUUAUGGCAAUGGGAGAUGUUACUUUCCAUUAAUUUGUUGUCACUCAGAUGGGCCAUUUUUAGGAUGGAAAAUGUAGGUCUUAAUCAUCAGAAUUGAAUUGGUCUACAAUACAUCUAUCAUAGGAUCCGUGGUCCUCUGUAGCUCAGCUGGUAGAGCACGGCGCUUGUAACGCCAAGGUAGUGGGUUCGAUCCCCGGGACCACCCAUACACAAAAAUGUAUGCACGCAUGACUGUAAGUCGCUUUGGAUAAAAGCGUCUGCUAAAUGGCUUAUUAUAUUAUUAUAGGAUGUAAAUUGGAGAACACACUUUAUGUGCAUGUACUGUAUCAUUUUGUGUGCAAUGUUUAUAUGUUCAUUAGUAUUGUAGGUUUUAAAAAUAUCUAAUAUCCAUCAAGAAUAGCCAAUACUUAAUCAUGAUUUCAUUUUUGAAGGGCACUUUGUAAUGGCACCAAAAUACUUUCAUCCUUAUGGCAUUAUGCCUUCACAAGCAAUUAACAUUUCCAAAUGUAUACUAAGUAUGUAAAUAAGGAAAUGGUGCUCAGUAUGCAUUAAGGUUCUAAAUGUGUGUCGUGUUCAUUCCAGAUGCACCCCGGAUAUGGACGUGACCUUAAACAUCCCUCGUGAGGAGUGGCUCCCCAUUUAGAUGUGUGACAGACUAGGAGAGACACGACUUGUGUGUCGCUUGGCUGCAUUUAAACCUGCUGGGCUCUUCUUGACACAACCCUAUGAUUUCUGUUAUACUGAGUGCCCAUCUUCUCCUACUACAGUGUCCAAUCUGCAUUGUAAUACCAGUCAACUGGGGCCAAUAAACAUUUGUGA